UGUUUUUCGAGAAAUUCUGCACAUAUGUAACACUUGCCACAUGAACGAACCUCUGUGAUAAAUCAUGCGUGUUCUAUGAGGAAGUUCGUGACAAUUGAAGUUCCGUACUCUUUACAAUCCGUCGUUUAAGCAAGAGAAAGAGCGAGCAUUUGUUUUGAUCCUCAUUGCAUCUGUAGCCGUAAAUGUAUUUGUGGUCCUAGUGACGACAGAAUAAGAUCUAUCAAAAUUUAUCCCAACUUAAAGUGACGAUUGCUGACAAUAAAGGGAGAGCAAAAAAGCUGAAAGUUGUCACGAUAGUUCGUGACUAAUUUAAGAGUUAAAAUCUUGUUGUCAUGCGACGGUGAUAGGAAAACCAAAUUGCUAACCGGCGUGGAAAGAGAUGGAAGGUUCGUCUCAGAAAGAGAUUCGCCAAAUUCUCACAAAUGAGUUUGGUGUUUCUUCAUCUGGAAAUGGAAGCGCCCCCAGUAGUUUGGGGGAGCCCGGACGUUCUUUUCCUGAGACUGGUACAACUAGCGCAACUCGGCCGACGAGUUUACCAUUCGAACCGCCCAACCGGGCACCGUCACCUUUACCCCCACCACUGAAGCCACAUUGGUUUUACAUGAGACAGACUGCAACCGGUAGCAACAGCGCUAGCGCGGCUACCGGUAUCGAGGGGACCAGUACCAGCGGAGGGGCAAGUAGCAGUGGGUCGUUGGAAAGAUCCAUGAGCAUCAACAACAACAAUUGGACACCGUUCAGUCUGCUUGACUCAAACGAACUCGAAAAUGCUCAUAUAGCUGGAUCAGGCAUCGUAACGGUGUGUGGAGGUCGGUUCGAGGUGGACCUUUCGUCAAAAAAGAUGUAUCCAGUUUAUUGGACCGAACCAGAGGCCAUUCACGUCCGUCGCUGCACUUGGUUCUACAAAGGUGAAGGUGAAAGCAGAUAUACGCCUUACGAAGAGGAUACUGCCCAUCUUCUUGAGGAAAGCUUUCAAAAGUGUCACAAUUUAAAUAAGUGGAACAGACAAAUCGAUGUUGGUUCUGGCCAUUACGUCAAAAUCUACAGCGCCACUUUGAUGACGCAUCACGUUCCGAGUGGAUUCACCGACGAAUGGGGCAACAUAUCAGACAGCACACCUCGGCCCCGAAUCGUCAAGCGUGGCGCGGAUCAAGCGACAGAGGCAGCAUUCGAACCCGGUGAAGGCCAGACAAUUGACCAUUUAAUAUUUGUUGUGCAUGGUAUCGGAGCAGUGUGCGACUUGAAGAUGCGUACGGUCGAACAGUGCCUUGAUGAUUUCCGUUCGAUGAGCAAUCAAUUAAUACAGAACCAUUUUGGCGAACAAUUCCAGACGGGGAAAGUGGGCAGGGUGGAAUUUCUGCCGGUAUCUUGGCAUAGCAAGCUGCAUGGUGAAACUACCGGACUUGACGAGAAACUACAGAAGAUAACAAUCAAUACAAUUAGCCGAGUACGAGAAUUCUCAAACGACACAAUCCUGGACGCUCUCUUAUACACAUCGCCCGUCUAUUGUCAAACUAUUGUUGACCACGUGGGCUCCGAGCUUAAUCGUUUACAUCACCUGUUCAAGAAACGGAACCCUAACUUCACCGGCACGAUUGGCCUUGCAGGACACAGUCUAGGUUCCAUGAUCCUUUAUGACAUAUUAUCGCAUCAACAACUCUCGAGAAGUUCGGUCGCUUCCGCCAAAUCAGCAUCUAAUUUAUCUCCAUUUGCAGUAACUCCAUCUACGCUAGAGGAACUUUUUGAUCAGCUGGCGAUUGAUCGGCGUCACGUGUCAAGACUCAGCGAUGCUGAAGUCGACAUACAGGCAUUGGCGUUUAUGAAUGAAUCCGACCUCUUAAAAUUAGGUCUUCCACUAGGCUCAGUUAGAAAAAUUAUUAAUGCUGUUGAGCGUUUCCCACGAAAAGUACUUUCAAGGAAACAGAGUUAUACUAGAGCCGAGUUUCUUGUUCAAGGAAAUGAAGGCACUGGCCAGCUGACAGUGAACUACCCUCAACUUGAGUUCGCUCCGGACUGUUUCUUUGCAAUGGGCUCGCCAAUUGCGAUGUUCAUUGUUGUGCGAGGAAAUGAAACACUAGGAAAGGACUUCCGUCUUCCCACUUGCCCCCGAUACUUCAACAUCUAUCAUCCUUACGACCCUAUCGCCUAUAGAAUGGAGCCGUUGAUUGAUCCCUCUGUUACACUGGAACCUGCUCAAAUUCCACACCACAAAGGACGCAAACGGAUGCACCUCGAAGUUAAAGAAUCUUUAAAGAAGGUGUCAACAGAAGUUAAACAGAAGUUCGUCGACGCUGUUUCUGCUUUAAGCAGCUCUUUACAUAGGCGCGACUCCGUCAGCACGGAACAACAGCCGAGCAAUAAUUCGAGAGGCGUGCAGGGUUCGGCUAUAGAAGGAACCUCUAACAGCACAGAAUCGGCGGUUGAUGGCUGGGCAUUGAAUCAAGGUCGCAGAGUGGACCAUGUUCUGCAGGAAGGUCCCUUAGAGAGUUUCAACGAGUACCUCUCCGUUUUGUUCAGCCAUGCUUGUUACUGGGAAUCGGAAGACACAUUGCUGCUAAUGGUCAAGGAACACUACGCGUUAAAGGGCAUUUAUCCAACUGUUGCUCCAAAACCUGCUGCGUCGUCAAUUAUACCAUUCUACCCCUUAUCGCCUACUUCUCCCAGUCAGGUUGAAGAAACAAGUAUCAACAAAGAUCGCAAAGACGAAUCCGGGCAGGGUGUAACUCAGACUGGUGGUCUAUUCUGGACCUCGAUAACCUCUGUCGCUUCCAUAUCAAAUUACUUCUCCUUGCGACCUGACUCAACUGAUCCUACUGUAGCUCCUCAAGCGAAACAAAACUCGUCGUAAGCGAAUUUGAUACAACCUUUUCGAUACUAUAAACAAUAAUAUAAAAUGGUAACACUUAAUAGUGAGCCCACAGUUGCCGAAAUAUGUAAGAAAUCUUAUGCUUGUCAAUUGCGUACUAUCUUUGGCAUUGUCACCUCUAUUUGUGAUGCUUGCUUUUUUAACGCUUCGUGGCAACAGUACUAGUUAAUUCAUACUGAUGGGUAAAAUAACCAUAAAAUCAUUAGGAAAAGGUGGAGGUUUGGCCCGGAAUGGCCAAUUCCAGACAUAGUUAUCCGUUUAUUCGUGGGUACAUUAAUAGAAAUAGCUCUACCUGGAUAUCGAAAAUUUAUUAUUGGGUAUCAUAUGAAAUAUGGUUAAAGCAUAAACAUUGUUUACACUAGGAAUCAUAAUGGCGGUAAUUGAGUUAAAUGCACGUACAAAGCUCAUAAUGUACAACAUAAGUGGCCAAGUUCAUUUUUUAAUCAAGUAUUCUCUUGGUCAAUCAAGUACCAUUAACAAACGUGCAUCAUUCUAGCGUUUGACAAAUUCAAUCGUUUUUGGAUCAAGAGGUAGGAUCAGACGUAUUUCAUGGCAUAUGGAUAAGACAUACGUACGAAGUAUUUAUACGUUAUAAAAGAUUGUGGUUCUCUACUGUUCUUAUCAUUAGAGUAGCAGCGCAUCUUUUAUUAUAACAUCCAUUAAUAUCAGCCUAGUCUAAGCGUUACUUCGGACUUCAACGUUUGAUAAUUUUGAACAAUUCGAUUUGAGCUGGACCAGAAUAUCCUAAUGCGUCUCAAUGGCGGAUAAAACUAUAUACUGGUUCUAUUUAAAGCGACUCACUUUAGGUAGUGUUGCAGAGUAAGCUUAGCAUAAUAGUAAAUGUGCCAUUAAAAUUCAGGAUGGAAAUCAGGAAGUUUGAAAAUAUUGAGAAAAUGCCCGCUAUUUUUGGUUUUUUCGUCAAAACGCACUUUGGACUCUACUUGGUAUUAAUCAUGAACGUCGUUAGACUGCGGUGAGUUCGUCUAAAUGUGAAAAUGUCUUUUUAAGAAAAUUAUUUUGCCGUAUUGCAAGCAAUGCAACUAGCUUGGUUUUGUGUUCUAACAGCUUUGUGUGCAAUUUUUAAACUCUAGAGAAUACAGAAAAAAUAUUCUCUGACACCAGUUUAGUCAUUUUUGGUAAUUCUAUUAUCAGGUUCCAACAAAGUGACUCUCAAAGAUGCGAUAUUUUUCAUGAACGCAAUUUCAGUUCUGGAUAUCAAAGAGUAAUAGUGAUGCGGUGAUGGUGUAUAACUUCAUUUGAGAAUAGCGGUGACUACGACAAUGUCGUUAACAUUUUUGAAGAACUAGUGGCGGACUUUUACACUGUUGGAUGCGGAAAGCUUUGCUUCUGGCUAAACGUUCCAUUGUUUGGCGUGGGCAGUCGCUCCAAAUAUACAUAGACCAAUAAUGAUUGAAGUGGCACGACUGCGGUUUAUGCGGUCAAGGUUAUUGAAUCAGUACGAUCACAACUGUCAAUCUUGGUUGAAGAGUUAGUAUUCUUCAGCGAGCAAGCCAAGAAAUCGAUGGGUUUAUCCGUGUUACAUGAUAUCUAUCAAUUCGAUUAAUUAGUAUACCAUAUUGUUUUUUUGGACGUUUUUAGUGUAAGAUAUUACUGAGCAUGAGAGCCUCUGAGGACUAAUAAAAAAAGGUCAUUGCGAUACUAAGUUAAGACGGUCACCCAUAACUUAAUUGUGGGACAUCCUGCACAUGAAGGAAGAAAAAUCCCCAUUAUAUCUCUGAACACGGAAGUAACUUUAGUAAGACGAUACGAUGUCAAUAAUAUUUUACCUGUAUAUUCCAAAGCGUUCAGUGAGUAAUAUUGAAGGGCGUGUUAUUGAAGGAAAGCCAGAAGCGAAGAGGCUAGACAACAUCAGAGCAAGAUAAUAUAGAAUACUAUUGAUUAUAGUUAGUGUAAGCUUUAAACAUACGUAUAAAUAGCUUUGCAUAAGCGUUCAGAUUUAAAGUGUAGCGUUUUUGAUUGGGACCUUCACUUCUGUUUACUUCUUUCAAUAAUUUAUUGAAUCUUUAAUAGUGGAUCAUAUAGGCUCGUAUACCUAAAUAUAUCGGUGUAUAUAUAAUUUUUUAGAAGCGUUGACCGUCUCUAAGUCAAACUUAAGGAAAAUAUUUCCUCUAUUUCUAAAUAAUAUUAUCACACUAAGGAUGCGCCAUUUUGAUCAAUGACGCUGUGCCACUUUUCCGACAUUGUUACGAUUCCAUCAAUGUUCGACGCAUGCAUUGAAUCUUCCGAUUGAAGUUCUUUUAAUUUUUGCCAGGUAGUAAGCUGUAUGUGGUCUGGCAUUGUGAUGAUUAAAGACGAUGUCUGUUCUGUUCACCAGUUCCAGCUGACUUUUUCAGUGGAUUGUGAUAACUUUAAUUUUCGGCAGUAAAAGUCCAAAUCAAUCAUUUUGCCAGGUAACAGCAACUCAAUGCGCGGUUCCUUUGCAAUCCCAUGGAACACAUAACAUCACGUUUUUGGCACCAGUCUGAUCAUUGGCACAGAUAGUGUAUUCUUUUUAUUUUCUUGUUACCAUCAUAUGUGCUUCGUUUUUUAUUAGUCGUGAUCAACCGCUUUACAGAUGCUUCGAUUUCGGUGCGUUUGUAGAGAAUCUCGAAGAUGGAAAUAUGGUCAAAGAAAUAAUUCUGCUUUAAUUCAUGCGGUACCCAGGCAUGAAGCUCCUUUGUAGCCAGCUUUCUUUAAAUGACUCAAAACUGAGCGCUGAUGGGUGUGUAGUUCCUUGGUUAUUUACGCGUUUUUAUGAAAUAAUUUCAUAAUUUUUUUUACCGUCAUUGAUAGACCACUGCGAGGGACUUCUUUCACAUAGUCAUUCGCGGAACGAAAAACGCAAAACUAUUCGAUAACGCAUUUUGACCAUAAAUAACAUGCACUUUUUGAUGAGCCUUGGCAGCAUUUGUGCCUUUGUUAUACAAAAUUGUGAAAUGAAGUGAAUUUUAUUAUGAAUUCCCUCAUAACCAAAGCGUCCCGUCUUAGAUCUGAAUAACAGUUUUUGCAAUAAUUUUAGUAUAUCUACUAUUGCAGCUAAAAAAAACGGUCAAUACUUUCUUGAUAAAUUUGUAUAUACGUAUAUUUGUAAAGAAUCAAUAUUUUAUACCGUAUUUGAUAUGCCACACUGACUGUCACUGUAUUGCUUGAAACUGAUUUCUAAAACUCUAGUCUCGUAGGCUCAAAUAAAAAAAACUGGGAGAUUAAGAGCAGACUGGCAUGAAGUAAUCGUAUUGAAAGAUGAUAACUAGGUUUAAAUACUGUCAUGAGUAUUGAACGAGAAUAGGAAUUUCAGCGCAAGAGGUCACAGUAAUAUGUCGAGAAUCAAAAGAAGUUUGUAUCAAACGAAAGGAUGGAUCAGAAUCGCCUGAGAGACCGGGUUUCCUGAGUUUACUGCAACGCGCAGAGCGGUGUUCCCUACUUUCUGCGUUUCUUAUGCUUUCUUGUAAACGAGUAAGUCAGCGUUAAGUGUGAAGAAGCUAAUUUUUUUCUGGAAUUAAGGGCGCGAAACGUUUUCUAUAGGUAAAGCUAGCCCGAUAAACAGCCCUAAGUUAAAGAAAAGAUAAGGAUGCUCUAUCAGACACGAGAGAUAUAAAAGCGUCAAUGAUCGCGAUAGUAGUAAAUAAACAUUCGCACUGUCACGAUUAUAAGCAUAUUUCUGAAAGAUUGGAUUGUGUGAUUUGCAUUGACGCCGCUAUUUGAAGUUAAGCGACUUAUGAACUGCGCAGUGAGGGUAAUUUGUAUGAUUUUCGGGAGUCGCUGUUGCUAUUAAAUAGGGAAAGCUUUCGCGGUUAUUAAAGCUGCUUUUCUUUGACGAAACGAGUCUAUCGCAAACGGCUAAAGCCUACCGUCUUUUCGAACGAUACGCCCUAUUAAGCCUAGCUACUCGUUUGCAAGGUUUCUAUGAUUACUGCAGAGAUUGCGGGUGGUAGAGAAAAUAAAACAUUAGACAAAUUGUCAGUUACAUAUUUUCAAGUUACGGCUACAGUCCUGCGAAUUACUUAGUUUUGUCAACCUUGCAAAAAAAA